AUGCUUCUCUCGUCAUUCCUACUCCUCAUGAGUGUAUCUUCAAUAUGUGCGAUUCAUAUCCCGAUUUCGCCAGUCCCACGCGCAUUUCCCUUUCCAAGGCCUGUUGUGCCGGAACCACCCAUCUCUCUACCCAUUCCUCCAGCACCCAGACCACCUUCCCUAGUUCCCGACACGCCUACGGUCCCGAACUUAAAGCCGAAGCCAGAUACACCAGAUGUGCCCGAUGUACCAAAUAAUCCCGACGAUGGUAGCGUAACGACGAGCGCUAGACCGCCAGUACCUACCACGUCGCAAUUGUCGUGGAGAGAAUGGUUAAACGCGACUUCUACGUACAGUGUUCCUGAGACUAGAAGUAGUGGACUUGUAACCGGGGAUGGGACAAGGAUACUAGCAAGAUCGGGACUAAUGUUUCUCGUCCCGUUGGUCGCUGCGAUGAUCACUUAG